AUGGCUCCUGGCGGCGGGCACGGCGGCGGCGGCUGUGCAGGCGCUGGCAGCACGAAGACCAAGGCCUGGGUGUGCUCGGGGUGCGGCUACAAGAACCUGGGCUGGCGGGCGCAAUGCAGGCAGCCUGGCUGCGUUGCGCACCGGCCGACGGGUUACGUUCCUGGUCUGGGUGCUCAUCCUGCUCCGCGGGGCAGCUGGCAGUAUGGUGCUCCAGCCGCCAGCUGGGACUGGACACAGGCGCCUUGGAACCAGUCCAAAGGACCCAAGGGCUACGGCAAGGGCCAGUCUGGAGCAGGAGAUGUACAAGGUGGUGCGUCACCGAAGUACGCCGUGCUCACUGACGAAGCAAGGGCCAGGUACCUGGAGAUCAGCGAGGAGGACUUCGCCAUCUUCGCGCCUGCCAUGCUGUCGCCAGCGGACCAGCACUCGCUGCGGCAGGCCAGGUUCCUUCUGCAGCAGCAGCUGGGGGCCCUCUCGCCCAAUAAAGCGAUCAAGAGCGCGCAGGUGCAGGCCGACGAGGCGGGCAAGAAGCUCCAGCGCGCUCGUGACGAGGGGAAGCGCAGAGAGCUCGUUGCAGCUGAGGCGGUGGCGGCCGUGUUGCAGCAGAACAAGUACAUCCAGCAGCUGGACGAGGAGCUGCAGCAGGCCGUGGCCCAGGCCAAGGAGGCCCAGGAGCGUGAGGAGGCCCAGAAAGCGAAGCAGGCCACUGCCAUGGAGACGGACUCGUUCGAAGAGGUCGACGUGGUGGCGGCUGCGCUGGCGGCCAAGCACGGGGAGCUGGCUGAGCAGGUCGCUGAUCAGCUUGAUGGCGUUGACCUUGGGCCUGCGGCUGGGCCGCUCAGGACGUUGCUGCAGUCUCUCGCCUCCGACCGGGUCAACCCGCCCAAGGUGGUCAAGCCGCCUGUGGCAGCUGACUUGCCCCCACCAGCGCCUGUGGCAGCAGGACCCAAGGGCAAGGGCGGCGGCAAGGGCAUCAGCAAGUACGAUCCCUACGGUGGCAUCUCGGUCGAGAAGGAUGACAUCAUGCGCUUCACGAAUGCUUCGCUGGACGCUACUAUUGCUGAGUUCUGCGACGGCGAAGCCGACGCCAAGAAACGUGAGGUACUCGAGCUGUUCGCCACCAGGCUGGGUAAGCAGCCUCAGGGGCGAGCGCUGGCACUACACCAAGCAGGGUUGCUGCCCGAGGGCGUGGUCGUGGUCAACAUAUAUUUAGAGAGCGGGGUCGGCAUCAACCCGCACAACUACGCGAUCCUCAAGGACGUGGCUCGCCGAAUUCGUGAGUAUGGCAGACCUUUCCUGAUUGGUGGAGAUUUCAAUUGCACCAGGGAGGAGCUCGAGGCGAGCGGGGUCCUGCGCUUCUUCAAUGGCAAGGUGGUUAGUACCGUCGUGCCGACGUGCGCCCAGUCCAACAGGGCCUCUGACUACGUCAUCAUCUCGGCAGACCUCGAGGUGAGCGACAUCGAGGUGCUGGAAGGCUCCGCUGCCUGGCCGCAUCGGCCUGUGAUGCUCUCGCUCAAGGCGGCGAAGAGGAGGGACUUCAUCAAGGUGGCUAUGAUGCCCAAGGCGUUCCCACGGCAGCGACCUCAAGGAUGCCUACGAGAUGAUCAUGGACCUGGCUGGACGCAGACGGCCACGGUAGUGAAGAAGUUGCUGGUUCAGCAUGGGAACCUGACGAAGGCGCGGCAAGCCUCCCUUGAGCAGGCCGAGCGUGCGUGGAUAGAUGUCUACCAGAUCUCGGGCACCACGUCGAAGUAUUGCGGCAGAGGGCAGGAGCUCCAAGUACGACGUGUACGUGACCUGCCAGUGUCCUGUGCGAGAUGGCCGCGAGUCUCGGCCGAGGCGGCCUGGCUCUUCCGCGCGGCGAACGAGUUGCAGUCGGCCGCAGAGGUGGGGCAGCCCCUCGCACGACUUCAGGCUCUUCGAGGCAUGAGCAGGCUGGUGGCAAGGCGCCCAAGCUCGUCCAGGAGAGGCACGUGGGAGCUGGGCAGGCUGACCAGUGCCCAGAAGCCGCUCCAGUG